AUGAAUUUAGAUUUCGACAAUAUUACAGGACAAAAAAUUCAAAGUAGAUUAAAAUCUAAAUAUUUUGAAUUAGUGAAAAAUGGAAAAGCUAACAAUGAAAAUUGGGAAAAUGGUGUAUCAUUAGUUGGGAAUAAAGAUAAAAAUGAUAUUCAUGAUAUAUUUUAUGGAAGAAAGACUAUUCGUGAAGAAACAUUAAAAUUUGAAUUAUAUACAAAUAAAAUACGUUCUUUAUUAGAGGAACCAAUGAAACAACAUCGUAUAGCUGCUGCUGCAGAUCUGUGGACUGAUGAUUUAAUGAAGAGAACUUAUUUAGAUUUUACAAUAUUUCUUGUUAAUGAUAUUGAUGAAUUAAAACAUACUUUAUUAAGAUGUAAACAUUUUGAUGCCACAAAAACUGGAAUCAAUAUUUGGCAUGAAAUUGAACAAAUAUUUCAAUCAUUUAAUUUAUCAUUUGCUGAUAAUAUUAUUACUAUUGAUCAAGGUUCAAACACAAUCAAAGCAUUAAGUUUAGAUGAUGAAACAAGAUAUCCUUGUUUAGCACAUCGAACAAAUACUGUUUUGGAAACAACAUGGGAAAAUGGCAAAAACAUGAAUGUUGAAUUUAAGAAUUUCUGUUCAUCGGUUAGCAAUCUUCGAACUUAUUGUCAACAAUGUGGUGGAAUUCAAUUCAAGUUACCGAAAACAUUGAAACGUACAAGUGGUACGCGUCCAUGGCGCUCGUAUUUUCUUAUUCUCGAUAGCUUACAUCAAUCAUAUGAAUCAUUAAUGGUUUUAUUACGUGAGCGUGAUGAACAGCAUCGUCUUUUACAAAUCGAUCCACAAUUACUAUAUGAAAUAAGUAAGUUUAUGGAAAAUUUUAGCUUAAUUUUCGAUAACUUAGAGUUUUCAAAUCGGCCAACAUUGCAAAAUGUUAUUCCAAGCUACUAUCGUAUGAUUGAGUUAUGUUUCAUAGACAACAAACGAAAACAUUCAAUUAUAAAUUUAUUAAAAGCUGAAAUUGCAAAAGAACUUGACGAAAAAUAUUUGACAUCAACAACACAAUUGCAUUGGAUUGCAACUUAUCUCGAUCAGACAUUCAAAGAUUUUUGUUUAUUAAAGAUGAAUCUGUUUUAG